ACGUCAACUUUUUUGACAUGACAGGAAAGACGAAAAUUGUAGAAAAGUAAUCGAAAACGUAGGUAACCAGUGUUUCUGUAAUUUGCUAACUUUGUGAAGAGAAAUAUACAAAAUGAUAAGUGUAUUGAAUACUAUCGAUACGGGACAUGAGGAUAUGAUACACGAUGCAGAAUUAGAUUACUACGGGUUAAGAUUAGCGACGUGUUCAUCCGAUAAUUCAGUGAAAAUUUACGACAUCAAGAGCGGUACACAAACCCUUGCCGCCGACUUGAAAGGGCAUUUCGGACCCGUAUGGCAAGUAGCAUGGGCCCAUCCUAAAUUCGGUAAUCUGUUAGCGUCCUGCUCAUAUGAUAGGAAAGUUAUCAUAUGGAAAGAGUCAGGGGAAUGGAGUAAAUUGUACGAAUACACGGGACACGAGAGUUCUGUGAACGCAGUGGCGUGGGCGCCGGCGGAAUACGGUUUGGUACUAGCAUGCUGCAGUUCCGACGGCUCAAUUUCCACAAUAAGCUAUAACCAAGAUGGUGCUACCUGGGAUGUGAAGAAGAUACCUGGUGCUCAUGCUAUUGGAGUUAACUCUGUCAGCUGGUGCCCAGCUAUAUCUGCAGAACUUAGCUUAGAUCCCCUGACUAAUAAAGAAGCACCUAAGAGAAUAGUAUCUGGUGGAUGUGAUAAUUUAAUAAAGAUUUGGAAAGAGCAAGGCGACCAAUGGAUAGAAGAGAAACGAUUGGACAUGCAUAUGGAUUGGAUCAGAGAUGUAGCCUGGGCUCCUUCAUUUGGAUUACAACGAUCUAUGAUAGCAAGCUGUUCACAAGACAAAAGAGUAGUUAUAUGGUCCAGCGAUGACAAUAUCUCUUGGACACCCACAAUACUUAAUACUUUUGAUGAUGUUGUAUGGAGUGUAAGCUGGUCUUUAACUGGAAAUAUUUUGGCAGUAUCAGGCGGAGACAAUAAAGUCAGCCUUUGGAGGGAAAAUGCUGACGGACAGUGGUUAUGCAUAAGCGAAGUUGCUAAAGGACUAGGACAGCCUACCAAUGAUGAGAGAAGCACUCUCUAACUUCAUAUGAUAUCCAUUAUGCGUUAUAAUUAUUCUAAUUUUGUUUAUGUUCUAUUCUAAUUAAUGUAAUAUAAUUAUUGAUUAUA